UAAAAUAGAAGCACACACACUCUUCUCUCUCACACACAAAGUUUUGUCGUAGGAUAGUUGGUCGCUGUGCUGAAAAUCUUCCAGAACCUGUUCCUGACCUACGCUCCUAAGCACAGAUCUAGGAUCAGCUCAUCCUCAUCAAAUCCAAACCAGGACCUUAUUAAACCACAAGGGGAACACUAACCUCAGACCAGCGUUUAAACCCCACGUCUUCCUGCGAAGACACUGACUCUCCGUCCAGAAUUCCUCUGCGCUCCAGCCGUCUGUCCAUCCAUCCAUCCGUCCAUCCAUACAUCCAGCCGUCCAUCCAUCCAUCCGUCCAUCCAUCCACACCCCAGCCAGCCAUGAGUCUGAUGAGCGAGGACAUGGAGUGCUGUGUCUGCCUCCAGCCCUACACUCGCAGGGAGAAGUUCCCUCGGAUGCUCCACUGUAAGCACACAUUCUGUGGGCUGUGCUUGCAGGCGAUGUCCAGGCUCCAGAGCGGACUACUGACAGUCUGCUGCCCCCUGUGCCGUUGGAUAACCUGCACCGAGCCCAGCCUCACCUUGUCGGGGUCGCUGUGGGUUAACACUGAGAUCUGGGACCAGAUACUAGACAGACAACAGGAAGAGGAGGAGGAGGAAGAGGAGGAAGAGUGGAAGGGAGCUAACAGACAGACACAGACCACUACACAGUACACAUGUUCUCCAUCAAGGCAUUGUGGCCUGAGGCUCAAACUACAGAAUUUCCUGAGGAGGAUGAAGCACAAUGUACUGUAAACCGAGAAGACGAAGAGCAGAGAAAAAGAAGCCUGGAUUUUCCCAUUUCAGAGUAGGAGAUACUCAUUGAGUAAUGAAGCGAAUUCAUAAAACAGGACCGACCGGUGAUUUUCCAUAAUGAAGCAAGAUUGAACCAAUUAUUCAUAUGCUUUGUGUUUGAUUGACUUUGGGUAUGUGUAAUGUUCUCAGUCAACUUACCUGGUAAAAUAAGGGUUAAAUUAUAAUGUUAAUAAUAAAGGAUGGAUAGGUGGAGGAAAUAAAAAAUGAGAUAUUAAAUGGAUAUUAAAUGGAUUGAGGAAAAGGAAGUUAUGAAUAGACAGACAGACAGACACACAGACAGACAGACAGACAGACAGACAGACAGACAGACAGACAGACAGACAGACAGAUAGUCAGUUAAGAACAAACUCUUUUGAUCAGGGCCGUGCUCCAUCCACCCUGUUAUCUAAUCUAACCCCCAUACAUACCAUUCCUUAUAUAGUAUCCUACUUUUAGUCAGGGCCGUGCUCCAUCCACCCUGUUAUCUAAUCUAACCCCCAUACAUACCAUUCCUUAUAUAGUAUACUACUUUUAGUCAGGGCCGUGCUCCAUCCACCCUGUUAUCUAAUCUAACCCCCAUACAUACCAUUCCUUAUAUAGUAUACUACUUUUAGUCAGGGCCGUGCUCCAUCCACCCUGUUAUCUAAUCUAACCCCCAUACAUACCAUUCCUUAUAUAGUAUACUACUUUUAGUCAGGGCCGUGCUCCAUCCACCCUGUUAUCUAAUCUAACCCCCAUACAUACCAUUCCUUAUAUAGUAUACUACUUUUAGUCAGGGCCGUGCUCCAUCCACCCUGGUAUCUAAUCUAACCCCCAUACAUACCAUUCCUUAUAUAGUAUACUAUUUUUAGUCAGGGCCGUGCUCCAUCCACCCUGUUAUCUAAUCUAACCCCCAUACAUACCAUUCCUUAUAUAGUAUACUACUUUUAGUCAGGGCCGUGCUCCAUCCACCCUGGUAUCUAAUCUAACCCCCAUACAUACCAUUCCUUAUAUAGUAUACUAUUUUUAGUCAGGGCCGUGCUCCAUCCACCCUGUUAUCUAAUCUAACCCCCAUACAUACCAUUCCUUAUAUAGUAUACUACUUUUAGUCAGGGCCGUGCUCCAUCCACCCUGUUAUCUAAUCUAACCCCCAUACAUACCAUUCCUUAUAUAGUAUACUACUUUUAGUCAGGGCCGUGCUCCAUCCACCCUGUUAUCUAGCCUAACCCCCAUACAUACCAUUCCUUAUAUAGUAUACUACUUUUAGUCAGGGCCGUGCUCCAUCCACCCUGUUAUCUAAUCUAACCCCCAUACAUACCAUUCCUUAUAUAGUAUACUACUUUUAGUCAGGGCCGUGCUCCAUCCACCCUGUUAUCUAAUCUAACCCCCAUACAUACCAUUCCUUAUAUAGUAUACUACUUUUAGUCAGGGCCGUGCUCCAUCCACCCUGUUAUCUAAUCUAACCCCCAUACAUACCAUUCCUUAUAUAGUAUACUACUUUUAGUCAGGGCCGUGCUCCAUCCACCCUGUUAUCUAAUCUAACCCCCAUACAUACCAUUCCUUAUAUAGUAUACUACUUUUAGUCAGGGCCGUGCUCCAUCCACCCUGU